GUUAUCCUGAAUGUUUCGUAUACUCCUACCAGCAACUGAAAGGGUAACCAAACGUUGUAGGUAGCGAUUCUUUCAUUUACCUAUAACAACACAUUGAACACCACCAUUUGAAACGGGUAGAACAGUUAUUGUUCGUCACGUUAUUCUUUCAUUUUUUAUUUUUCUUCUUUUUUCUUUGAUAUCUUUAUUCUCUUGCCUAUUUUUGCGCGUUCUCUUCACGUGUAAUUUGCAUAAGAGCAUAAACUAGUGAUCAUUUUCAUAAUCUUUCUUUCUUUUGAAGUCUUUCAUUGCUUUUGUGGUUGUGGUCUCAAGUUUAGCUUGGUUUCCGUCUUUUACUUACACGAAUUCCCUUAAAAGAUUUUUGGUUGUCUUUUUUCUUUUGGAAUCAUUAAUCCCUUCUCAAACGUCGUCAUUUAGCACUCUGAUUUCUGGAUUUUGAAUUUAUAAUCUUUUUUCUUUCACCAUUCGCUUUCUACUAUUGUUGCUUUGCAUUUCAAACUUGAAUAAAUAGGAUUUACUGAAACCUUGCUAGUUUGGUUGAAGUUUUUCCUCCCGUAUUCGCUUACUGUAUCAUUCCCAUUUCUCCCCUUUGUAAUUGGCGAUCUUGCUGAUUUCUUUUGCAGAAAUUUUGUCAUCGGUUUCUAAUAGCGAUACACCUUUUGACAGAACGAACUCGAAAAGAAGCUAGUUGUUCUUUUUUUCUUUUUGUACAACUAAUCAUUUUUGAGAGUCUACGGUAACAAGUUUGACGAAUCUGUCAUACCUGUAUUUGCUGCUAUUGCAUUUAUCUUAUAAACAUUAAUCUCACGUUGCAUAAUUAAAGUCUCGAAGAAUUACUUUGUUUAUUCCCUUGGCUUUUUAUUUGUCUUUUUCUUACUAAAAAGAGAGAACCUUUUGCUGUUCUCAUUCCCUAUUUGUUUUGCUUCAAUUAAGUCAUUUUAUUAUUAUAUUUUUCAUUUUUUGUGCUCUGUUUCUACGUGAUGUCUUCUGGAAGUCCUUCUAGUCAGUCUCGUCUUUCCGUUCCCGGUAGAACCCCUCAACCCCAUCUACCUCCUUUGACAAUACCACACAGUAUGAAUGGAGAUGGUGUUGCUACGCCCAAUACGCCCCAUGCACUUUUACCUACGGGUCUUCUCGUGGGAAGUCCUUUCGUGCAGAGUCCUACUAGUUAUACGCCGAUGCAGGGCUUGCCAUUUGGUGCCCAUCAAAUGACUGCUGCACAUUCCCCACACCCUACAUCAACUUACAAUGUUUCUCACGUUACAAGCCCAAGUGUCCCAAGUUUUGCUCCUGGAUAUUUUCCUUUACCAAGUAAUCCUACUGGGCAACAGCCUGUGAAGACUGUAUACGUUGGAAACCUGCCUCCUGGAACACCCAUCGAUGAAAUUUUGUCUUGUGUCCAUACUGGCCCUAUUGAAUCAGCUUGGAUCUUGCCAGAGAAAAACUGUGCUUUCAUCUCUUUCCUGGAUCCAGCCCAUGCUACCGCCUUCUUACAAGACUCCCAUAUGAAGCGACUUACUAUCAGAGGUGCCGAAGUCAAAGUAGGAUGGGGUAAAAAUUCCGCUUCUAAUUCUUCCGUUUUAAUGGCUGUUCAACAAUCUGGAGCUUGUAGAAACGUUUUUCUUGGUAAUCUUCCUAGCGGGAUUACCGAAGAGGAAAUUCGAGAAGAUUUAGAGCCUUUUGGUCCUAUCGACCAAAUAAAAAUAGUAGUGGAUAAGAAUAUAGCUUUUGUUCAUUUCCUUAAUAUAGCUGCUGCGAUAAAGGCCGUUCAAAACUUGCCAUCGAAUCCCAAGUGGGCUAAACGACGAAUUUUUUAUGGACGUGACAGAUGUGGUGGUGGCUUAAAACAGCAGCCUUACAAAGGUCAAUUAGGCGUUAUACCACCCAGUUACCCAAUUAUGGGAUAUUCACCUGCUAGCCCUGUGAUGGGAAAGCCUGAUAUUAUAACAACCGGUAAUCGAACUGUUUAUAUUGGCAAUAUUCAUGCUGAUACAACUAUCGAAGAAAUCUGCAACACCGUUCGUGGCGGCUUACUACAUAAUAUUCGGUUUCUUCCGGAGAAGCACAUUUGUUUCGUAACAUUUGUUGACCCUGUUUCUGCUUACCGCUUUUUCGAACUGACUAGUGUGAAUGGAUUAGUGAUACGCAACCGUCGUCUGAAAAUUGGAUGGGGUAAGCAUAGUGGCCCGCUUCCUUCUAACAUUGCACUGGCCGUUGCCGGAGGAGCCAGUCGUAACAUUUAUAUUGGCAACGCCGAUGAAUUUUUGACGGUGGAGAGGCUUAAGCAAGACUUUGAGGAAUUUGGCGAGAUAGAAUAUAUCAAUCUUUUCCGCGAAAAGAAUUGUGCCUUCGUAAACUUUACCUCAAUUUCUAAUGCCAUUCAUGCUUUGGAAUGUAUUAAGCAGAAGAAAGGUUAUGAAAACUUUCGCAUCAGUUAUGGCAAAGACAGAUGCGGUAACCCACCAAGAACAAAUUCGAAAUCUGAAGUUUUGUCAGUUUCUUCUGAUAUGAGUAUUCCCAUCGACGUUGUUGUGCCUCAGCCGACCAUACCAGGUUAUAUGCCAGCUAACGCUAGCGUUUAAUUUACUUUGUUAGAUUAACAUCGAUUUGAUUCACGCUCGUUUUAUUAUCAUGGUUUUUUCUCAGAACUAUGACAUUUCAUUCAUCCUCCAAGUUUACAUUAUUAAUUCACUUUAUUUCUCUUAUAUCAGCAACCUUGUAUAUAUGAGCAUAAUUGAUUAUCCCAUUAGUGGCUAAUCUGGCUUCAAAAAAACCUUCGUUUUGCUUUGAUCGAUUACUCUCGUUUCUUCUUAUUUCUUUUGCAUAUUAAUUCUGUUUGUACUCGCUUUUUUAGAGUCUUUACUUUUUGCUUUAUUAUGUAAUAAGCCGCAUUCACUUAAAAGAAAUUUUAGGGUGCUUGAUAGUUUUCACAAGAAAACUAUCAAAUUGGUUUGCGGUCUUUGGCAAUGUCUAGUCUUUACAUGUAUUCUUUGCUUCUUUGCAUAUCCAUUUGAUAUUCAAUUUUUUCUUCUGGAUUUGUUGAUUCAAUGAUUCUUUGUCCUGUGGGUUAAGGAUCCUUUUUUUUCUUAUUUUAUUUCUUUCUCGUCAUUAAUAUAAUUGAAUAUAGUAAACUUGAUGAAGGAUGCCGUAUAUGAUGAAAAUGUGAUAACGGUUUUCAGAAUUGGUAUCGUCUUCUAUUUUUACUAAUAUAUGAACGAAACAUCUAGUCUAAAAAUUGUUCUAUAUAAUCAAGUUUUCUCUAUUUUUUGUUCAGUUGAAUCGAGAUGAGCUUCUUCUCAAAAUAGUAUUAAUCAAAAGUAUAAGGGAUUAUAAUUUUAUAAUUAAAUGUUCAAUAAGGAUGAGUAGGAUCAAGAAAAGGAUCAAUUUGUG